AUGGCUACAACCCCUUCGCUUCUACACUCUUCCGGCUCCUCUUUUCUCCCUCAGUUUCGAACUUUUCCAACCCAAUUUUCUUCAUUGUUUUCUCAUGGAAACAACCGGCACGGAUGUGGAGUGGUGUCUGUGAAGGCCACGGUUUCGGGGACUGUGUUGGUGGAGAAGUCUGAAGCAGAGAAGGUUUAUAGACUCAAAACAACUUACAAUGAGAAAAUUGUUCCUUUGCUCAUGGAAGAGUUCUCUUACACCAACAUUCAUCAGGUGCCUAAAGUUGAUAAGAUUGUGGUAAACUGUGGUAUUGGAGAAGCUGCACAGAAUGCAAAAGGUUUGGAUGCUGCGAUUAAUGAUCUAGCAUUGAUCACUGGACAGAGACCUGUUAAGACUCGGGCGAGGAUUUCUGUUGCCACCUUCAAGAUCAGGGAAGGUCAACCACUUGGAAUUGCUGUGACACUCCGAGGAAAAGUAAUGUACUCAUUCUUAGACCGCGUUAUCAACUUAGGACUUCCUAGGACAAGAGAUUUUCAAGGUUUGAAUCUAAGCAGCUUUGAUGGGAAUGGAAAUUUCAACAUUGGUAUUAAGGACCAAACAGUGUUCCCCGAGCUGAAAUCUGGUUUCGGUACAGCUAGAGGAAUGGAUGUAUGCAUUUCAACAACUGCUAAAAGCGAUCAAGAAGGACAGAAAUUAUUGGCUCUCAUGGGUAUGCCCUUCAGAGAGGAAGUUGAAGUUUCGCAAAUAGUUCGCAAAAAGAAGUUGAAGUCUCAUCAUUUUGAUGCAAAAUCAAGGGGUAGAGGAGAUAGAGCAAGGAAGUAA